AUGGCAGCCGUCGAGCCUGCUACGCGGAAGCGUGUGCUUCGGGUUAUCAUCGUGUCCCUUCUUCUAGACUUGAUAUCGUUCACGUUUAUCCUCCCACUGUUCCCAAAGCUUUUGGAGUUCUAUCGGGAUCGCGAGGCUCCCAACCUGAUAUACCAUGACGCAUCUCAUGCCACUCUCCUCCAGCAGGUCCUCGGAGGGCUGAAUGCAUACAAAGCGUCCUUUUCCCGACCCAUCGAUUCCCGAUAUGACAUUGUCCUUCUCGGUGGAGCACUGGGGUCUUUGUUUUCCCUCCUGCAAGCCAUCGCGUCUCCCAUGAUCGGUCAUUUUUCUGACCGCUACGGCCGUCGCUAUGCGCUGCUUGCAUCCAUGUGUGGAAACAUGGUGUCUGUGCUCCUAUGGGUUGUGGCAGUCGACUUCCGCACCUUUGUGGCCAGCCGUGUUGUGGGUGGUCUUUCCGAGGGCAAUGUUCAGCUUGCCACCGCCAUGGCUAGCGAUAUCUCCGACGAAAGCACACGAGGAUCCACCAUGGCAAUCAUCGGCGCAUGUUUCUCGGUUGCCUUUACCUUUGGGCCAGGCCUGGGGGCAUGGUUGAGCACGGUUGCCACUGCAUGGGCGAAUCCUUUUGCAGUAGCAGCAGGUUUCAGUCUGAUCUUGAUCUCCGUCGAGACGCUGUACCUGUACUUUUGCUUGCCAGAAACUCUGCCAUCUUUGGUUGGUGGUGUGGCAGCCAAGGCAAACGCGCCCGGCAAGAAGGAUGGAGAGACCAAGGAAGUGACGCGGACGAACUCACGCUUCCUGCUUUAUGCAACCCAUUUUGUGUUUCUGCUGUUCUUCUCAGGAAUGGAGACGUCCCUAUCCUUUAUGACGUAUGAUUUGUUCCAGUUCACCUCUGGGAAGAAUGGUAGGUUGCUUGGAUACAUUGGCUUGGUAGCCUCUGUGUUCCAGGGAGGCAUCACUCGCCGACUGACCCCCCUUUUGUCCGUACGUAUCGGCACUGUCGCCUGUCUCACAGCCUUUAUUCUCCUCAGCCGUCUUUCCACCCUUGGGGGCCUAUAUGCCGCAGCGACGUGUCUCGCCAUCACAUCAGCGACAGUUGUGACGGGCCUCAACGCUCUUAGCAGCUUCGAAGCCAACGAGCACGAACGCGGAAGCAAGCUAGGCAUCAUGCGGAGCUGGGGCCAGCUGGGUCGUGGAUUGGGACCGAUUGUAUUCACAAGCGUAUACUGGUGGGCAGGAAGAGAGUAUGCGUACACCAUGGGUUCCAUGGGUGCCCUUGUCGUUGUCACAGUCGCAUUUCUGGGGUUGAAGGCUCCCAAAGGAAUGACUGCACCAAAAGCGACUGGAAAGAAGAGUCAAUAG